AUGGGUGCCCGCCGGUGGCAAGCCCUGCCCCUCUGGGCCCUCCUCCUGCUUGCCUCCUUCUCCAGGCAGCAUCAGCAGCAGCAGCCAGGCCUCUCGGAGCUGCUGGGACCCUGCCUGGCUGGCUGUGCACCCCAAGAACCCCAGGGACUAGAGGCCAGCUGGUGGCUUGGUCCACAUGGCACCAGCUCCACCACGGCAGGAGAGGCCGUGAGCCCGCUCUGGCCCAAAGGCUUUGGCCCUUUGCGGGAGCAGCAAGGAGGGCAGGCUCAGCACAACGCGUCAGACGUUACGUAUGACUACCACACCACUCCAAAGGAUGCUUACAGCCCUUUGCACAACCACCGAGUGUGCAGCACGUGGGGCAGCUUUCACUACAAGACUUUCGACGGGGACAUCUUCCGCUUUCCCGGAGUCUGCAACUACAUCUUCUCCUCCCACUGCAAGUCGGCCUAUGAAGACUUCAACAUCCAAAUCCGGCGCUCGCCAGGGCCCAACGCCACCACGGCUGUGACCCACAUUACCCUGAAGCUCCAAGGAGUCGUGGUAGAAAUGAGCCCAGACACCAUCCUGGUGAAUGGCAAGCCGGUCCAGCUGCCUUUCAGCCAAUCGGGCAUCCUGAUUGAGAAGAGCAGCACCUACGUGAAGGUCAUGGCCAAGCUGGGCCUGGCAUUCAUGUGGAACCAAGAUGACGGGCUCCUGCUGGAACUGGAUGCCAAGUACGCCAACCAGACCUGUGGCCUCUGCGGGGACUUCAAUGGCAUCCCUGCCUACAACGAGUUCUUCUCCAACAACAUCAGGCUGACAGCAGCCCAGUUUGGGAAUAUGCAGAAGAUGGACGGGCCCAUGGAGCAAUGCCAGGACCCCCUGCCAAUAGACCUGCACAACUGCUCGGCUGCCGUUGAUAUCUGCGAGACCAUCCUCAACAGUGCCCCCUUCUUCGCCUGCCACACUCUAGUAAAUGUCAGCAGCUAUGUGGAGGCCUGCCGGCAGGAUGCGUGCCUCUGUGAGGAAGGCCACCGUGCCUCCUGUAUCUGCAGCACCCUCGCGGAGUACUCCCGGCAGUGUGCCCAUGCUGGCGGGCUGCCCAGGAACUGGAGGGCCCCUGACCUGUGCCCCAAGACCUGCCAGCUGAAUAUGCAAUACCACGAGUGUGGCUCUUCAUGCACGGACACCUGCUCCAACCCCGAGCAGUCAGCGCUCUGUGAAGAACACUGCAUGGACGGCUGCUUCUGUCCCCCAGGAACUGUCUUUGACGAUAUCAGCAGCCAAGGCUGCGUCCCAGUGAAUCAGUGCUUUUGCACCCACAGUGGACAAUCUUAUGCCCCUGGAACCUUCUACUCCACUGAAUGCACCAACUGCACCUGCUCUGGAGGCCAGUGGAGCUGCCAGGAUCUCCCCUGCCCCGGUACCUGCUCUGUGACUGGUGGCUCCCACUUUUCCACCUUCGAUGAGAAGCACUACACAGUCCAUGGGGACUGCAGCUAUGUCCUGGUCAAGCCCUGUGAUGACAAGGCCUUCACUGUCCUAACGGAGCUUCGACAGUGUGGACUGACUGACAGUGAGACCUGCCUCAAGAGUGUGUCCCUCAGUGUUGGUGGUGGGCAGACAGUGAUCAUGGUCAAGUCCACUGGGGAGGUGUUUGUGAACUCUAUUUAUACCCAGCUGCCUGUCUCAGCAGGCAAUACCACCCUCUUCAGGCCUUCAUCCUCCUUCAUCAUUGCUCAGACCAACCUGGGUCUCCAGCUGACCAUCCAGCUCACCCCCAUCAUGCAAGUCUUUGUAAGACUGGAGCCAUCCCUUCGGGGGCUGACCUGCGGUCUCUGUGGGAAUUUCAACAGCAUCCAGCUUGAUGAUUUUAAGACCAUGAGUGGGGUGGUAGAAGGCACAGCCGCUGCCUUUGUCAACACCUACAAGACACAAGCUGACUGUCCCAACGUCAAGAACCACUUUGAGGACCCAUGCAUGCUCAGUGUGGAGAAUGAGAAGUAUGCACAGCACUGGUGUGGCCUGCUUACCGACCCCAAGGGACUCUUUGCCAAGUGCCACGCAGUGGUCAGCCCUGCCCUUUACCAUUCGAACUGCAUGUUUGACACAUGCAACUGUGAGAAGAGCGAGGACUGUCUGUGUGCGGCGCUGUCCUCCUAUGUUCAAGCCUGUGCCGCUCGGGGAGUGCUGCUGAGAGACUGGAGGGACGGAGUCUGCACCAAGUCCGUGACCUCGUGUCCCAAGUCCCUGACGUACCGAUACAACAUCACCACCUGCCAGCCCACCUGCCGCUCACUCAGCGAGCCCGACGUCACCUGCGAUAUCAAGUUCGGCCCUGUGGAUGGCUGUACCUGCCAGGAAGGCACGUUCAUGGAUGACGCCGGCAAAUGUGUGCCCGCGGCCAGCUGCCCUUGCUACUACCAGGGGUCUGCUGUUCCAAACGGAGAGUCUGUCCAUGACGAUGGGGCCAUGUGCACUUGUACCGAGGGCAGACUGAACUGCAUCGGAGGCCAGGCCCCGAAGCCAGCCUGCACUGCUCCCAUGGUAUACUUGAACUGCAGCAAAGCCUCAGCAGGACAGACCGGAGUUGAGUGUCAAAAAAGCUGCCACACCCUGGACAUGGUCUGUUAUAGCAGCCAGUGUGUCUCUGGUUGCGUGUGCCCAGAUGGGCUGGUGUCUGAUGGAGAAGGAGGCUGCAUCCACAAGGAUCAAUGCCCAUGCGUCCACAAUGAGGCCAGCUACCAGGCUGGUGAGACCAUUCAGGUGGAGUGCAACACCUGCACCUGCAAAAAUCAAAUGUGGCAGUGUACUAAUGUUUCCUGCUUGGCCACGUGUGCUGUGUAUGGUGACGGUCACUACAUUACCUUUGAUGGCCAGCGCUACAGCUUUGGCGGGGCCUGUGAAUACACACUGGCCCAGGACCACUGUGGAAAGAACAGCAGUGCCAAGGGGACUUUCCGGGUCAUCACGGAGAACAUUCCCUGCGGGACCACAGGCACCACCUGCUCCAAGUCCAUCAAGAUCUUCUUGGGGAGCUAUGAGCUGAAACUCAGCGAAGGGAAGGUGGAGGUGAUGGAGAAGAAAGGGGCCGAGGGGGAGCCGCCUUACAGCAUCCGCCAGAUGGGCAUCUACCUAAUUGUGGACACCAACACCGGGCUGGUGUUGCUGUGGGACAAGAAGACCAGUAUCUUUAUCCAACUCAGCCCAAACUUCAAGGGGAAGGUCUGCGGUCUCUGCGGGAACUAUGACGGCAACGGCGUCAAUGACUUCACCACCAGGAGCCUCUCGGUGGUGGGCGACGUGCAGGAGUUUGGGAACAGCUGGAAGAUCUCCCCCUCCUGCCCGGACGCAGUCCCCGCCAGGGACCCCUGCACCGCCAACCCUUACCGCAAGGCCUGGGCCCAGAGGCAGUGCAGUAUCAUCAACAGUGCCGUCUUUGCCACCUGCCACUCUCACGUUGAACCCACCAAAUACUAUGAGGCUUGUGUGUCAGACGCAUGUGCCUGUGACACUGGGGGAGAUUGUGAGUGCUUCUGCACAGCUGUGGCUGCUUAUGCCCAAGCCUGUAAUGAGAUCAACGUCUGCAUCUCCUGGAGGACGCCCAGUAUCUGCCCUCUGUUCUGUGACUACUACAACCCCAAUGGCUCCUGUGAGUGGCACUACCAGCCCUGUGGUGCCCCCUGCAUGAAGACCUGUCACAACCCAAGUGGGAAGUGCUCCCAUAACAUCCGGGGACUGGAAGGCUGCUACCCUAAAUGCCCUCCAAAAACCCCCAUCUUUGAUGAGGAUAAGAUGGAGUGUGUUGAGAGAUGUGCUCCCUGCUACAUCAAAGGGAGGUAUUACCCACCAGGCUCCCCAGUACCUUUGGACAAGAACUGCCACUCAUGCUCAUGCACUGAGACAGGCAUCAAGUGCACUUACAACUCAAAGGCAUGUAUCUGCACUUACAAAGGAAAGGCUUUUCACCCUGGGGAUAUCAUUUACCACACCCCAGAUGGCACGGGAGGCUGCAUCACUGGAACCUGCAGUGCCAAUGGCACUAUCGAGGGCAAGACGUAUGACUGUGACCUCACCACCCCAGCCCCGUCCACCACCUUCUCCUUCUCUGACACCACCCCAUGGGAACCUUUCACGACUUCUCUGCCGAUGACAGUCCCGACUGUAAAAAGGGUGAACACAGAACCAUUCACUGUUCCUGCUACAGGCACUGGUGGUACAUCAACAACUACUUUUCAAAGUGUCAGUACACCUGGCAUGAGAUCUGAAACCACGAAGUGUGUUGAAGACGUUUGCACUUGGUCUCCUUGGCUAGAUGUCAGCCACCCAGGCACUGGAGAGAACAGUGGCGAUUAUGAUACCCUGCAGAACAUCAGAGCAGAGGGCUACAGAGUAUGCAGAUCCCCCAAGGAGGUAGAAUGCAGGGCUGCUGAGUUCCCUGCGGUGCCAUGGCAGGAGCUCAACCAGACUGUGGAGUGCAGCAGAACGCAGGGUCUUAUCUGCCACAAUAAGGAUCAGGCAUCUGGAAAAUGUGACAACUACCAGAUCAGAAUUCUAUGCUGCUUUUCUCAACCAUGUCCACUCCACCAUGUCACAGCUUUCACAACAGAACCACAUCCUAGAAGCGCAAUUACACAUGGCAUAAUUAUUUCAACAGCUACAACACCAGAACCCAAAGGAAUCUCAAAGAGUCACCAGACCAAAUCCACGCCCUUUCGAUCAACAAAGGAAACUGAGACAAGAACGGGAGCCUCUCCUUCCCCAGGGAAACCGGAAACAAGCAGUCAAUCUCCUGCUGCCACAGCAACAUUGGUUACAAUGGUAUCAGUGACCAAAUCAUGUGUAAAAGAAGUCUGUGAAUGGACGAAGUGGAUAGAUGGGAGUUAUCCUGAAUCAGAUAUAAAUGGAGGAGAUUUUGAUACCUUUAAGGAUUUAAGGGCAAAAGGAUACAAAUUUUGUGAGGUCCCGACCGAGGUGGAAUGCAGAGCUGUGAGCUUCCCCAACACACCUUUGAAAGACCUGGAGCAGAAUGUGACUUGUAGCAAGACAGAGGGGCUGCUGUGCCUGAACAAAGAUCAGCUCCCGCCCAUAUGCUACAACUAUGAAAUCCGCAUCAAAUGUUGUUCGGAGAAAAAUGUGUGUGGUCAGACAGAACAGACCACCCAAACAACUGAAAUAUCUCCUACAAAGACUCCUGGCCCCCAUGGAGGAUACACAAUUAGCACAGAACACAAACCGACAGGGACUAAAACCUGCCAGCCACAGUGCUCAUGGACCAAGUGGUUCGAUGUGGAUUUCCCAUCUUCUGGAGCCAAUGGUGGAGAUGAUGAAACAUACAACAACAUCAUGGCGAGAGGAGAGAAAAUCUGCCACAAGCCGGACUACAUCACCCAGCUUGAAUGUCGUUCAGAGACCCACCCUGAGGUUAGCAUUAAUGAAACAGGCCAGGUGGUAGAGUGCAACCCUGACUAUGGACUCAUCUGCAGGAACCAGGAUCAGAAGGGGAAAUUCAAGAUGUGUUUUAACUAUGAGAUUCGUGUACUGUGCUGUGAGCCCAUGAGAGAGUGCCCCGUCACUACUGCUACCUCACCAACUACUCCAAUAACCGCAGCGGUCACCACAAAGCAAAGUCUGGAGACCACCUCCCAUGUUGUGGCCACCACAACAACCUCACCUGAAUCUUCACCUCCAACAGGAACCACCUCGUUUUCCACUCCACCUGAACGAAGGAAGCCAUCCUCACCUCACACAGCCACAACCCCUAGCACAUUUCCAAACACUCUCACAACCACAGCAGUCACCACAACACCAAGUCUUGAGACUAACUCCCAUUUUCUGGCCACCACAAUCACCUCACCUGAGUCUUCACCUCUAAUUGCAACCACCUCAGUUUCCCCUCCACCUGAACGAAGGAAGCCAUCCUCACCUCACACAGCCACAACGCCUAGCACAUCUCCAAACACUCCCACAACCACAGCAGUCACCACAACAACAAGUCUUGAGAGCACCUCCCAUUAUGUGGCCACCACAAUCACCUCACCUGAGUCUUCACCUCUAACUGCAACCAACUCAUUUUCCACUCCAUCUGAACGAAGGAAGCCAUCCUCACCUCACACAGCCACAACCCCUAGCACAUCUCCAAACACUCUCACAACCACAGCAGUCACCACAACAAGAAGUCUUGAGAGCACCUCCCAUUAUGUGGCCACCAAAAUCACCUCACCUGAGUCUUCACCUCUAACUGCAACUACCUCGGUAUACACUCCACCUGAAAGAAUGAAACCAUCCUCACCUCACACAGCCACAACCCCUAGCAAAUCUCCAAAUAGUCUUACAACCACAGCAGUCACCACAACACCAAAUCUUGAGACCACCUCCCAUGUUGUGGCCACCAAAAUCACCUCACCUGAAUCUUCUCCUCCAACUGCAACCACCACGGUUUCCACUCCACCUGAAAGAAUGAAACCAUCCUCACCUCACAUAGCCACAACCCCUAGCACAGCUACCCAAUCACCAGCUCCCAGCUGCCAGCCACAGUGCUCAUGGACCAAGUGGUUUGAUGUGGAUUUCCCAUCUUCUGGAGCCAAUGGUGGAGAUGUAGAAACCUACAAUAAGAUCAUCAGAAGAGGAGAGAAAAUCUGCCAUAAGCCAGAAUACAUCACACGGCUUCAAUGUCGAGCACAGAACUAUCCUGACAUUAACAUUGAGAAAAUAGGCCAGGUGGUAGAGUGUAACCCUGACUAUGGACUCAUCUGCAGGAACCAGGAUCAGAAGGGGAAAUUCAAGAUGUGUUUUAACUAUGAGAUUCGUGUCCUGUGCUGUGAGCCCAUGAGAGAGUGCCCCGUCACUACUGCUACCUCACCAACUACUCCCAUAACCUCAGCGGUCACCACAAAGCAAAGUCUGGAGACCACCUUGCAUGUUGUGACCACCACAACAACCUCACCUGAAUCUUCACCUCCAACAGGAACCACCUCAGUUUCCCCACCACCUGAACGAAGGAAGCCAUCCCCACCUCACGCAGCCACAACCCCAAGCACAUCUCCAAACACUCUCACAACCACAGCAGUCACCACAACAACAAGUCUUGAGACCACCUCCCAUGUUGUGGCCACCACAAUCACCUCACCUGAAUCUUCUCCUCCAACAGCAACCACCUCGGUUUCCACUCCACCUGAAAGAAUGAAACCAUCCUCUCCUCAAAUAGCCACAACGCCUAGCACAGCUACCCAAUCACCAGCUCCAAGCUGCCAGCCACAGUGCUCAUGGACCAAGUGGUUUGAUGUGGAUUUCCCAUCUUCUGGAGCCAAUGGUGGAGAUGACGAAACAUACAACAACAUCAUGGCGAGAGGAGAGAAAAUCUGCCACAAGCCGGACUACAUCACCCAGCUUGAAUGUCGUUCAGAGACCCACCCUGAGGUUAGCAUUAAUGAAACAGGCCAGGUGGUAGAGUGCAACCCUGACUAUGGACUCAUCUGCAGGAACCAGGAUCAGAAGGGGAAAUUCAAGAUGUGUUUUAACUAUGAAAUUCGUGUACUGUGCUGUGAGCCCAUGAGAGAGUGCCCCGUCACUACUGCUACCUCACCAACUACUCCAAUAACCGCAGCGGUCACCACAAAGCAAAGUCUGGAGACCACCUCGCAUGUUGUGGCCACCACAACAACCUCACCUGAAUCUUCACCUCCAACAGGAACCACCUCGUUUUCCACUCCACCUGAACGAAGGAAGCCAUCCUCACCUCACACAGCCACAACCCCUAGCACAUCUCCAAACACUCUCACAACCACAGCAGUCACCACAACACCAAGUCUUGAGACUAACUCCCAUUUUCUGGCCACCGCAAUCACCUCACCUGAGUCUUCACCUCUAAUUGCAACCACCUCAGUUUCCCCUCCACCUGAACGAAGGAAGCCAUCCUCACCUCACACAGCCACAACGCCUAGCACAUCUCCAAACACUCCCACAACCACAGCAGUCACCACAACAACAAGUCUUGAGAGCACCUCCCAUUAUGUGGCCACCACAAUCACCUCACCUGAGUCUUCACCUCUAACUGCAACCAACUCAUUUUCCACUCCACCUGAACGAAGGAAGCCAUCCUCACCUCACACAGCCACAACCCCUAGCACAUCUCCAAACACUCUCACAACCACAGCAGUCACCACAACAAGAACCACAACCCCAAGCACAUCUCCAAACACUCUCACAACCACAGCACUCACCACAACACCAAGUCUUGAGACCACCUCCCAUGUUGUGGCCACCACAAUCACCUCACCUGAAUCUUCUCCUCCAACUGCAACCACCUCGUUUUCGACUCCACCUGAAAGAAUGAAACCAUCCUCACCUCACAUAGCCACAACCCCUAGCACAGCUACCCAAUCACCAGCUCCCAGCUGCCAGCCACAGUGCUCAUGGACCAAGUGGUUUGAUGUGGAUUUCCCAUCUUCUGGAGCCAAUGGUGGAGAUGACGAAACAUACAACAACAUCAUGGCGAGAGGAGAGAAAAUCUGCCACAAGCCGGACUACAUCACCCAGCUUGAAUGUCGUUCAGAGAACCACCCUGAGGUUAGCAUUAAUGAAACAGGCCAGGUGGUAGAGUGCAACCCUGACUAUGGACUCAUCUGCAGGAACCAGGAUCAGAAGGGGAAAUUCAAGAUGUGUUUCAACUAUGAGAUUCGUGUCCUGUGCUGUGAGCCCAUGAAGGACUGCCCUGUCACCACUUCUAUAUCACCAAGUAUUCCCAUAACCUCAGCAGUCACCACAAAACAAAGUCUGGAGACCACCUCCCAUGUUGUGGCCACCACAAUCACCUCACCUGAGUCUUCACCUCUAACUGCAACCAACUCAUUUUCCACUCCACCUGAACGAAGGAAGCCAUCCUCACCUCACACAGGCACAGCCCAUAGCACAUCUCCAAACACUUUCACAACCACAGCACCAUCCUCACCUCACACAGCCACAACGCCUAGCACAUCUCCAAACACUCUCAAAACCACAGCAGUCACCACAACAACAAGUCUUGAGAGCACCUCCCAUUAUGUGGCCACCACAAUCACCUCACCUGAGUCUUCACCUCUAACUGCAACUACCUCGGUAUACACUCCACCUGAAAGAAUGAAACCAUCCUCACCUCACAUAGCCACAUCCCCUAGCACAGCUAUCCAAUCACCAGCUCCCAGCUGCCAGCCACAGUGCUCAUGGACCAAGUGGUUUGAUGUGGAUUUCCCAUCUUCUGGAGCCAAUGGUGGAGAUGUAGAAACCUACAAUAAGAUCAUCAGAAGUGGAGAGAAAAUCUGCCAUAAGCCAGAAUAUAUCACACGGCUUCAAUGUCGAGCACAGAACUAUCCCGACGUUAACAUUGAGAAAAUAGGCCAGGUGGUAGAGUGUAACCCUGACUAUGGACUCAUCUGCAGGAACCAGGAUCAGAAGGGGAAAUUCAAGAUGUGUUUUAACUAUGAGAUCCGUGUCCUGUGCUGUGAGCCCAUGAAGGACUGCCCCAUCACCACUUCUAUAUCACCAAGUACACCCAUAACCUCAGCAGUCACCACAAAGCAAAGUCUGGAGACCACCUCCCAUUAUGUGGCCACCACAAUCACCUCACCUGAGUCUUCACCUCUAACUGCAACCACGUCGUUUUCCACUCCACCGGAACGAAGGAAGCCAUCCUCACCUCACACAGCCACAACGCCUAGCACAUCUCCAAACACUCUCACAACCACAGCAGUCACCACAACAACAAGUCUGGAGACCAGCUCCCAUAUUUUGUCCAUCCCAAUUACUUCCACUACAUCUUCAAGUAUAAGCACAGGGCCAUCAGUUUCCACUUCACCUGCAACAACAAGGCAGCAGACAAGGAUGGGAGCCUCUCCUCCCCCAGGGACACCUGAAACAAGCAGUCAAUCUCCUGCUGCCACAGCAACGUCGGUUACAAUGGUAUCAGUGACCAAAUCAUGUGUAAAAGAAGUCUGUGAAUGGACGAAGUGGAUAGAUGGGAGUUAUCCUGAAUCAGAUAUAAAUGGAGGAGAUUUCGAUACCUUUAAGGAUUUAAGGGCAAAAGGAUACAAAUUUUGUGAGGUCCCGACCGAGGUGGAAUGCAGAGCUGUGAGCUUCCCCAACACACCUUUGAAAGACCUGGAGCAGAAUGUGACUUGUAGCAAGACAGAGGGGCUGCUGUGCCUGAACAAAGAUCAGCUCCCGCCCAUAUGCUACAACUAUGAAAUCCGCAUCAAAUGUUGUUCGGAGAAAAAUGUGUGUGGUCAGACAGAACAGACCACCCAAACAACUGAAAUAUCUCCUACAAAGACUCCUGGCCCCCAUGGAGGAUACACAAUUAGCACAGAACACAAACCGACAGGGACUAAAACCUGCCAGCCACAGUGCUCAUGGACCAAGUGGUUCGAUGUGGAUUUCCCAUCUUCUGGAGCCAAUGGUGGAGAUGAUGAAACAUACAACAACAUCAUGGCGAGAGGAGAGAAAAUCUGCCACAAGCCGGACUACAUCACCCAGCUUGAAUGUCGUUCAGAGACCCACCCUGAGGUUAGCAUUAAUGAAACAGGCCAGGUCGUAGAGUGCAACUCUGACUAUGGCCUCAUCUGCAGGAACCAGGAUCAGAAGGGGAAAUUCAAGAUGUGUUUCAACUAUGAGAUUCGUGUCCUGUGCUGUGAGCCCAUGAGAGAGUGCCCCGUCACUACUGCUAUCUCACCAACUACUCCAAUAACCGCAGCGGUCACCACAAAGCAAAGUCUGGAGACCACCUCCCAUGUUGUGGCCACCACAACAACCUCACCUGAAUCUUCACCUCCAACAGGAACCACUUCAGUUUCCCCUCCACCUGAACGAAGGAAGCCAUCCUCACCUCACACAGCCACAACCCCAAGCACAUCUCCAAACACUCUCACAACCACAGCAGUCACCACAACACCAAGUCUUGAGACCACCUCCCAUGUUGUGGCCACCACAAUCACCUCACCUGAAUCUUCUCCUCCAACUGCAACCACCUCGGUUUCCACUCCACCUCAAAGAAUGAAACCAUCCUCACCUCACAUAGCCACAACCCCCAGCACAUCUCCAAACACUCUCACAACCACAGCAGUCACCACAACAACAAGUCUUGAGACCACCUCCCAUGUUGUGGCCACCAAAAUCACCUCACCUGUAUCUUCUCCUCCAACAGCAACCACCUCGGUUUCCACUCCACCUGAACGAAGGAAGCCAUCCUCACCUCACACAGCCACAACCCCAAGCACAUCUCCAAACACUCUCACAACCACAGCAGUCACCACAACACCAAGUCUUGAGACCACCUCCCAUGUUGUGGCCACCACAAUUACCUCACCUGAAUCUUCUCCUCCAACUGCAACCACCUCGGUUUCCACUCCACCUCAAAGAAUGAAACCAUCCUCAACUCACAUUGCCACAACCCCCAGCACAUCUCCAAACACUCUCACAACCACAGCAGUCACCACAACAACAAGUCUUGAGACCACCUCCCAUGUUGUGGCCACCACAAUCACCUCACCUGAAUCUUCUCCUCCAACUGCAACCACCUCGGUUUCCACUCCACCUCAAAGAAUGAAACCAUCCUCACCUCACAUAGCCACAACCCCAAGCACAUCUCCAAACACUCUCACAACCACAGCAGUCACCACAACACCAAGUCUUGAGACCACCUCCCAUGUUGUGGCCACCACAAUCACCUCACCUGAAUCUUCUCCUCCAACUGCAACCACCUCGGUUUCCACUCCACCUCAAAGAAUGAAACCAUCCUCACCUCACAUAGCCACAACCCCAAGCACAUCUCCAAACACUCUCACAACCACAGCAGUCACCACAACACCAAGUCUUGAGACCACCUCCCAUGUUGUGGCCACCACAAUCACCUCACCUGAAUCUUCUCCUCCAACUGCAACCACCUCGGUUUCCACUCCACCUCAAAGAAUGAAACCAUCCUCACCUCACAUAGCCACAACCCCCAGCACAUCUCCAAACACUCUCACAACCACAGCAGUCACCACAACAACAAGUCUUGAGGCCACCUCCCAUGUUGUGGCCACCACAAUCACCUCACCUGUAUCUUCUCCUCCAACAGCAAUCACCUCGGUUUCCACUCCACCUGAACGAAGGAAGCCAUCCUCACCUCACACAGCCACAACCCCAAGCACAUCUCCAAACACUCUCACAACCACAGCAGUCACCACAACACCAAGUCUUGAGACCACCUCCCAUGUUGUGGCCACCACAAUCACCUCACCUGAAUCUUCUCCUCCAACUGCAACCACCUCGGUUUCCACUCCACCUCAAAGAAUGAAACCAUCCUCACCUCACAUAGCCACAACCCCUAGCACAGCUACCCAAUCACCAGCUCCCAGCUGCCAGCCACAGUGCUCAUGGACCAAGUGGUUUGAUGUGGAUUUCCCAUCUUCUGGAGCCAAUGGUGGAGAUGUAGAAACCUACAAUAAGAUCAUCAGAAGAGGAGAGAAAAUCUGCCAUAAGCCAGAAUACAUCACACGGCUUCAAUGUCGAGCACAGAACUAUCCUGACAUUAACAUUGAGAAAAUAGGCCAGGUGGUAGAGUGUAACCCUGACUAUGGACUCAUCUGCAGGAACCAGGAUCAGAAGGGGAAAUUCAAGAUGUGUUUUAACUAUGAGAUUCGUGUCCUGUGCUGUGAGCCCAUGAGAGAGUGCCCCGUCACUACUGCUACCUCACCAACUACUCCCCUAACCUCAGCGGUCACCACAAAGCAAAGUCUGGAGACCACCUCCCAUGUUGUGGCCACCACAAUCACCUCACCUGAGUCUUCACCUCUAAUUGCAACCACCUCAGUUUCCCCACCACCUGAACGAAGGAAGCCAUCCCCACCUCACACAGGCACAGCCCCUAGCACAUCUCCAAACACUCUCACAACCACAGCAGUCACCACAACACCAAGUCUUGAGACCACCUCCCAUGUUGUGGCCACCAAAAUCACCUCACCUGAAUCUUCUCCUCCAACUGCAUCCACCUCGGUUUCCACUCCACCUGAAAGAAUGAAACCAUCCUCACCUCACAUAGCCACAUCCCCUAGCACAGCUACCCAAUCACCAGCUCCCAGCUGCCAGCCACAGUGCUCAUGGACCAAGUGGUUCGAUGUGGAUUUCCCAUCUUCUGGAGCCAAUGGUGGAGAUGAUGAAACAUACAACAACAUCAUGGCGAGAGGAGAGAAAAUCUGCCACAAGCCGGACUACAUCACCCAGCUUGAGUGUCGUUCAGAGACCCACCCUGAGGUUAGCAUUAAUGAAACAGGCCAGGUGGUAGAGUGCAACUCUGACUAUGGCCUCAUCUGCAGGAACCAGGAUCAGAAGGGGAAAUUCAAGAUGUGUUUCAACUAUGAGAUUCGUGUCCUGUGCUGUGAGCCCAUGAGAGAGUGCCCCCUCACUACUGCUACCUCACCAACUACUCCCAUAACCUCAGCAGUCACCACAAAGCAAAGUCUGGAGACCACCUCCCAUGUUGUGGCCACCACAAUCACCUCGCCUGAAUCUUCAACUUUAACCGUGAGCACCUCGUUUUCCACUCCACCAGAACGAAAGAAACCAUCCUCACCUCACACAGCCACAAUCCCUAGCACAUCUCCAAACACUCUCACAACCACAGCAGUCACCACAACACCAAGUCUUGAGACCACCUCCCAUGUUGUGGCCACCACAAUUACUUCACCUGAAUCUUCUCCUCCAAGUGCAACCACCUCGGUUUCCACUCCACUUGAAAGAAUGAAACCAUCCUCACCUCACACAGCCACAACCCCUAGCAAAUCUCCAAACACUCUCACAACCACAGCACUCACCACAGCAUCACAUCUUGAGACCACCUCCCAUGUUGUGGCCACCAAAAUCACCUCACCUGAAUCUUCUCCUCCAACUGCAACCACCUCGGUUUCCACUCCACCUGAAAGAAUGAAACCAUCCUCACCUCACAUAGCCACAUCCCCUAGCACAGCUACCCAAUCACCAGCUCCCAGCUGCCAGCCACAGUGCUCAUGGACCAAGUGGUUCGAUGUGGAUUUCCCAUCUUCUGGAGCCAAUGGUGGAGAUGAUGAAACAUACAACAACAUCAUGGCGAGAGGAGAGAAAAUCUGCCACAAGCCGGACUACAUCACCCAGCUUGAAUGUCGUUCAGAGACCCACCCUGAGGUUAGCAUUAAUGAAACAGGCCAGGUCGUAGAGUGCAACUCUGACUAUGGCCUCAUCUGCAGGAACCAGGAUCAGAAGGGGAAAUUCAAGAUGUGUUUCAACUAUGAGAUUCGUGUCCUGUGCUGUGAGCCCAUGAGAGAGUGCCCCGUCACUACUGCUACCUCACCAACUACUCCCAUAACCUCAGCAGUCACCACAAAGCAAAGUCUGGAGACCACCUCCCAUGUUGUGGCCACCACAAUCACCUCACCUGAGUCUUCACCUCUAACUGCAACCACCAAAGUUUCCCCUCCACCUGAACCAAUGAAACCAUCCUCACCUCACACAGCCACAACCCCUAGCAAAUCUCCAAAUAGUCUUACAACCACAGCAGUCACCACAACACCAAGUCUUGAGACCACCUCCCAUGUUGUGGCCACCAAAAUCACCUCACCUGAAUCUUCUCCUCCAACUGCAACCACCUCGAUUUCCACACCACCUCAAAGAAUGAAACCAUCCUCACCUCACUCAGGCACAACCCCUAGCACAUCUCCAAACACUCACACAACCACAGCAGUCACCACAACACCAAGUCUUGAGACCACCUCCCAUGUUGUGGCCACCAAAAUCACCUCACCUGAAUCUUCUCCUCCAACUGCAACCACCUCGGUUUCCACUCCACCUGAAAGAAUGAAACCAUCCUCACCUCACAUAGCCACAUCCCCUAGCACAGCUACCCAAUCACCAGCUCCCAGCUGCCAGCCACAGUGCUCAUGGACCAAGUGGUUCGAUGUGGAUUUCCCAUCUUCUGGAGCCAAUGGUGGAGAUGAUGAAACAUACAACAACAUCAUGGCGAGAGGAGAGAAAAUCUGCCACAAGCCGGACUACAUCACCCAGCUUGAAUGUCGUUCAGAGACCCACCCUGAGGUUAGCAUUAAUGAAACAGGCCAGGUCGUAGAGUGCAACUCUGACUAUGGCCUCAUCUGCAGGAACCAGGAUCAGAAGGGGAAAUUCAAGAUGUGUUUCAACUAUGAGAUUCGUGUCCUGUGCUGUGAGCCCAUGAGAGAGUGCCCCGUCACUACUGCUACCUCACCAACUACUCCCAUAACCUCAGCAGUCACCACAAAGCAAAGUCUGGAGACCACCUCCCAUGUUGUGGCCACCAAAAUCACCUCACCUGAGUCUUCACCUCUAACUGCAACCACCAAAGUUUCCCCUCCACCUGAACCAAUGAAACCAUCCUCACCUCACACAGCCACAACCCCUAGCAAAUCUCCAAACACUCUCACAACCACAGCACUCACCACAGCACCACAUCUUGAGACCACCUCCCAUGUUGUGGCCACCAAAAUCACCUCACCUGAAUCUUCUCCUCCAACUGCAACCACCUCGGUUUCCACUCCACCUGAAAGAAUGAAACCAUCCUCACCUCACAUAGCCACAUCCCCUAGCACAGCUACCCAAUCACCAGCUCCCAGCUGCCAGCCACAGUGCUCAUGGACCAAGUGGUUCGAUGUGGAUUUCCCAUCUUCUGGAGCCAAUGGUGGAGAUGUAGAAACCUACAAUAAGAUCAUCAGAAGUGGAGAGAAAAUCUGCCAUAAGCCAGAAUACAUCACACGGCUUCAAUGUCGAGCACAGAACUAUCCUGACAUUAACAUUGAGAAAAUAGGCCAGGUGGUAGAGUGUAACCCUGACUAUGGACUCAUCUGCAGGAACCAGGAUCAGAAGGGGAAAUUCAAGAUGUGUUUUAACUAUGAGAUUCGUGUCCUGUGCUGUGAGCCCAUGAGAGAGUGCCCCGUCACUACUGCUACCUCACCAACUACUCCCCUAACCUCAGCGGUCACCACAAAGCAAAGUCUGGAGACCGCCUCGCAUGUUGUGGCCACCACAACAACCUCACCUGAAUCUUCACCUCCAACAGGAACCACCUCAGUUUCCCCACCACCUGAACGAAGGAAGCCAUCCCCACCUCACACAGGCACAGCCCCUAGCACAUCUCUAAACACUCUCACAACCACAGCAGUCACCACAACACCAAGUCUUGAGACCACCUCCCAUGUUGUGGCCACCACAAUCACCUCACCUGAAUCUUCUCCUCCAAGUGCAACCACCUCGUUUUCCACUCCACCAGAACGAAUGAAACCAUCCUCACCUCACACAGCCACAAUCCCUAGCACAUCUCCAAACACUCUCACAACCACAGCACUCACCACAGCACCACAUCUUGAGACCACCUCCCAUGUUGUGGCCACCAAAAUCACCUCACCUGAAUCUUCUCCUCCAACUGCAACCACCUCGGUUUCCACUCCACCUGAAAGAAUGAAACCAUCCUCACCUCACAUAGCCACAACCCCUAGCACAGCUACCCAAUCAUCAGCUCCCAGCUGCCAGCCACAGUGCUCAUGGACCAAGUGGUUUGAUGUGGAUUUCCCAUCUUCUGGAGCCAAUGGUGGAGAUGUAGAAACCUACAAUAAGAUCAUCAGAAGAGGAGAGAAAAUCUGCCAUAAGCCAGAAUACAUCACACGGCUUCAGUGUCGAGCACAGAACUAUCCUGACAUUAACAUUGAGAAAAUAGGCCAGGUGGUAGAGUGUAACCCUGACUAUGGACUCAUCUGCAGGAACCAGGAUCAGAAGGGGAAAUUCAAAAUGUGUUUCAACUAUGAGAUUCGUGUCCUCUGCUGUGAGCCUAUGGAUUCCUGUCCUUCAGCAAUGCCAAGCUCAAGUUCUCCACUAACCAUUUCCAUGAGUACUUUAGCCACAACCCCUUCUCCAUCUAGUUCGUUCCCACCAGCCCAUGUUUCUACAAUCUUCACCACCUUACCUCCACAUUCAAGUUCAUCUUGUUACUGUUUCGUGUCUGGGAAAGUCUAUCAAUCUGGAAGUUCCAUAUACAACCUGACAGACAACGCAGGAAAUUGCUACUCUGCUGUUUGCAACAAAGACUGUAGUGUGAAAAGGAUAGCAGAAACAUGUCCCACUUCAGCUCCUACUCCAGUUCCACCCACAUCAGCACCAACAGCUGCAUCAGCAUCCACAGCCACAGCCAUAACCACUUCACCGUCUGUCCCCAUUUUGUCCUCAGCAUCUUCGUCUUUCUCUCCAGUUACACCAACAAAAUCAAGAGAUUGUCAGAAUGAGGUACCGCCCAGAAAAAAAGGAGAGACCUGGUUAACACACAAGUGCAAGAAAGCCACCUGUGAGGGUGAUGAUGUGAUCACACUAACACCUGUGAGCUGCCCUGCGGUAACAGCGGUGUCCUGUGCUAAUGGCUACCCUCCUGUGAAGGUCUAUGAUGACACUGAUCACUGCUGCUACCAUUAUGAGUGUCAAUGUGUGUGCAGUGGCUGGGGAGAUCCUCACUACAUCACCUUUGAUGGUAUCUACUACACGUUUUUGGACAACUGCACAUACGUGCUGGUGCAGCAAAUUCACCCUGUCUAUGACCACUUUCGGGUGCUCAUUGAUAAUUACUUCUGUGGUGCCCAGGAUGGCCUGUCCUGCCCUCGGUCGAUCACUGUCGAGUAUAAAGACAAUCGUGUCGUGCUCAUCCGGACUUUGGUCCAUGGAGCAAUGGAGAAUGAGAUUAUCUUCAACAACCAGACUGUCAGUGCAGGGUUCAAGAAAGAUGGCAUUGUGAUCUCCACCCUGGGCAUUCAGAUGUUUGUCACCAUCCCAGAGAUCAGUGUCCAGGUCAUGUUCAGUGGGCUGCUCUUCUCAGUUGAGGUGCCUUUCACCAAAUUUGCCAACAACACAGAAGGACAGUGUGGGACAUGCACGGAUGACAAGAAGGAUGAAUGCCGCCUGCCUGAUGGGAAGAUCGUAUCCUCUUGCUCUAAAAUGGCCGGUUCCUGGAAGCACCAUGUGCCCAACCAACCUUACUGCAAUGGACCUUCCCCCACCCCCACCCCCACGAUUCCUUCCCAUACCACGCCCAAGUCGUGCCCGCCCUCUCUUCUGUGCAAGCUGAUUAUGAGCAAGGUCUUUGAAUCAUGUCAUCAUGUCAUACCACCAGAGCCCUACUUUGAGGGUUGUGUGUAUGACCAAUGCCAUGUCCCUGAGGGCAGGGUAUGGUGCUCAGCCUUGGAGCUCUAUGCAUCCCUCUGUGCAGCACAAGGCGUGUGUAUCGACUGGAGGCGCGAGACCCAGGGCCAAUGUCCUCUUACCUGUUCUGGUGACAAAGUGUACCAGCCGUGUGGUCCCAUCUACCCGCCCACCUGCCAAAAUCCUCAGGGAAGCAUCAACACCAGCCUCAUCUUUGUGGAUGACAUCAGCCUAGUAACAGAAGGAUGCUUCUGUCCCAAUGGCACCACCCUCUUCAGCUCCAGCUCCAAUAUCUGUGUGCCAGCCACGCCAUCUGAGUGUGGACCCUGGUGUACGGGCCCCAAUGGAGAGCCUGUGGAGCCUGGGGCAGUGGUGUCCUCAGGUCCCUGUGAGACAUGCAGCUGUGUCCCUGAUGGCAACCCUGACAGCAAGACCAAUGUCAUCAAAUGUGAAGCCAAAGUCUGUGACACCCACUGUAAAGUGGGUUCCAAGUACCAAGAGAAGCCGGGUCAAUGCUGUGGCGAAUGUGUACAAGUGGCCUGCGUGGUGCACACCAAUGACAGCUCGGUGCAUCUGGUCCAGCCAGGGGAAACCUGGUCUAGUCCUGGGAAUAAAUGUAUCCAGUAUGAAUGUGAAGAGGUCAAUGGCCAGCUCAUUUUGGUGACUAUGAAGAAGGCCUGUCCCCCUACCCACUGCUCCUCGGACCAAGUCUUCAGGAGCGAAGAUGGUUGCUGCUUCGUGUGUCCGCCGCCCGCCCAGAUUGACCCUUGUACCGUGGGCCGUCACACCCAAGUCAUCCGCAAGGGAAACUGCAGCUCCCCCACCCCACAGGAAGUCACCUACUGCCAGGGAAACUGUGGUAACACCACAUCCAUCUACUCCUUUGAGGCCAGCGUGAUGGAACAUCGCUGCCGGUGCUGCCGAGAGCUGAGGACCAGUCAGAGGAACGUGUCCCUGAGCUGCCCAGAUGGUUCCAGCCUGGUCUUCGCCUUCACCCAGGUGGAGGAGUGUGGCUGCCAGAGCUUGCGAUGUGACCGCCUGGCCAUGGAGAGCAGUGAGAGCGAGGACGAGUCCGCCUCGAGUCAGGAGCAGGAGCUCGAGCAGAGGCAAAAGCAGGGAGCCGUGGCUCGCCGGAAGGAGCAGACCCUGCGCUGGAGAAGAGCUGCAUCUGGCUCCCAGCCCCAGAGAUAA